AUGGCGCUGCUGCUGCUGCUGCUGCUGCUGCUGCCGUUGCUGCUUCUGGUGCCGUCGCUGCCCCCAGCGCUAACGGCCGUGGGUCGGGUCGGGUCCGGUCCGGUCCGGUCUGGUCGGCCCGGUGUCGCGCGUUUCUGCAUGAGUCAGGGGGGCCUGGUGCGCUGCUCGGCGAGAGAGCUUGGCACGCAGCGAGCGGGCAGUGUGGGCUAUUUGUGGGGAGAUUUCUUCGUCUGCAGUGUGGAGAUGAUCGAUUUUGUGCAUCGCAGUCGGGACCUGAGGAAUAAUUUAAUUAGCCGGCUGGAGCCAGGGGCUUUCCGUGGGCUGGCAGCACUAAAGAGACUGGAUCUGUCCAACAACAGGAUUGGCUGUCUCUCCCCUGAAAUGUUUCUCGGCCUUGGCAAUCUCACCAAAUUGAACCUCUCUGGGAAUAUUUUCUCCGCGCUGCCAGAAGGAGUCUUCGCCCACCUGCUGUCCCUCAGGGCUCUGCAUUUCAGCACAGACUCUCUGUUUUGUGACUGCCAGCUGGAGUGGUUGCUGUUGUGGGCGCGCUCCAGGUCCGUGCGCAUCGGCAACGACACGCUGUGUGUGUUUCCCACCAGCCUCCAGGGCAUGGAGGUCCGCAGCCUGCCUCCCCAACAACUCACCUGCGACGGUCCUCUGGAGCUGCCCCUGUUCCAGCUGAUCCCGUCCCAGAGGCAGGUGGUGUUCCGCGGGGACCGCCUGCCGCUGCAGUGCACCGUGUCCUACCUGGAGCCCGCGCUCUCCGUCACCUGGAGCCACGACCAGCAGCCCGUGCUCACGCAGGAGGAGCGCGGCAUCUACGUGGAGGAGCCCGUGGUCCACGACUGCUGCCUGGUCACCAGCGAACUCAUCCUGUCCAACAUCGAUGUCAGCGCUUCCGGCAUCUGGCAGUGCCACGUGACCAGUUCCCGUGGCAACAGCUCGCGGCACAUGGAGAUCGUGGUGCUGGAGACGUCGGCGCCGUACUGCGCGGCGGAGAGAGUCAGCGGCAACAAAGGAGACUUCAGGUGGCCUAAAACCCUGGCGGGGAUCAUAGUUACCCUGCACUGUGCCGCUCCCAAGAAAACGGCGUGGCGCCGGUGUGAUCGCUCUGGGCGCUGGGCAGAGGAGGACUACACCCAGUGCCCCUAUGCCAGCGAGGUCACACGGGCCCUCCACCAGCUCACACAGAUGGCGGUGAACAACAGCAAUGCCCUCACCCUGGCCCAGCAGUUGGCCUCCUUCACCAGCAGGGCGGCGCACUUCGGCGACGUGAUGGACGUGAUCUUCGUCACACACCUGGUGGAGAGGAUCACUCGGUUGGUGGGCCGGAUCCGCGAGAAGCCACGAGAUUUCACUUGUAUUUUCCGCCUCCCUGAAAUGACGGUGUUGAAAGCGCUGGACAGCGGCGGCAGCAGCAGCACGGCCCAGUGA